AUGCCAUCAAGUUCACCAAUUAUCAAAGUUUGCCCUAUUUAUGGUUGCCGACCUAGAGCUCGUCUAAACAAGUUCAUUGUAGGCAUGUCAGAUUUGGUAUCCAAGGAGUGUAAAAUGGCUAUGUUGAUUAGGGAAAUGAAUAUCUCUAGAUUCUUGACCCAUGCAGAGCAAAUAGAGGAUGAGAAGCUAAGGGAAAAAACUAGAGAGUCUAAAAAGGCAAGGACUGAUGGUGGUGAUUCCUCUCAUGCUAGGUCCAUCAAUGGUGGGCGUUCUAAAUUUUUCCAAAGGUAUUCCGGGAAAGCUUCUUCAAAUGCUUUGAAUCCAAGGUUUAACAAAGAUAGAAUACCCAACCCUAAGCCUCAAGGAGGAGUUCCAUAUGGACAAGUUAUCCCCGCAUACAAGAAGUGCAGGAAGAAUCACAAAGAAGAGUGUUUAGUGGGAUUAAAUGUGUGCCAUAGAUGCGACAAGAUGGACCAUCAUGCUAGGGAGUGCAGAGGUAAAAAAGGUCAUCCUCAAGGACAAAUUGCUCAUAAAGGAAAAGUGCAACAAGGUGCCCAAGCUUAA